GCGGCCGUGCGCGCAGCGGGGAGCGCUCUCCGCCACCAUGAGGCGGCUGCCCCUGCCCUGCCUCCUGCUGCUGCUACUGCUGCUGCCGGCCGAGGUCAGAUGUACAAUUGACUGCACUGAGGAUUGCAGCUCAAAAAAUGUAACUGCAGAACAAGGAACCAGUAGUAAUGAUAAUUUAUCAGUAAACUCUGCAAGUGGAAACAAAACAUACGGAGGUGGAAGAUCCAUCAGGGCUGUGUCACCAUCUGAUGGGACAAUAGGUGAUGGAAACAACGUAACACCGCCCAGCCCAGUUUAUGAUCUCAAGGCAAAAUAUGUUGGUAUGACUUCUGUCAUCUUAACGUGGUUAGUGAACAGCACUGCUUCGAACUCCUACAGGAUAGAGUAUGGAAAUGAUACCUCUAUGAAGAGCCUGAUGACCAAUGAGGCCGAAAUAGAAAUUACCGAGUUGAUCCCUGGGACAAUGUACAAUUUCACCGUAUUUGCAGUAGCAGAUGGUAGUGAGACAGGAGUGCCCUUAAGGGUGUAUACAAAGCCCAGCCCAGUUCUUGAUCUCAAGGCAGAAUAUGUUGGUGUGACUUCUGUCAACUUAACAUGGGAGGUGAAUGACACUGCUUCCGACUCCUACACGUACAGGAUAGAGUUUACAGAAGAUAUGACUGUUAGGAACGUGACAUCCAGUGGCCACAAAGCAGAAAUUACUGAUUUAAUUCCUGGGACAUGGUAUAACUUCACUGUAUUUGCAGUAGCGGCUGAUAAUGAGACAGAAGGAGAAGGAAGAUCCACAGACCUGUAUACAAAACCCAGCCCAGUUCUUGAUCUCAAGGCAGAAUAUGUUGGUGUGACUUCUGUCAACUUAACAUGGGAGGUGAAUGACACUGCUUCUGACUCCUACACGUACAGGAUAGAGUUUACAGAAGAUAUGACUGUUAGGAACGUGACAUCCAGUGGCCGCAAAGCAGAAAUUACUGAUUUAAUUCCUGGGACAUGGUAUAACUUCACUGUAUUUGCAGUAGUGGCUGAUAAUAAGAUGGAAGGAGAAGGAAGGUCCGUAGACCUGUAUACAAAGCCCAAUCCGGUUCUUGAUCUCAAGGCAGAGUAUGUUGGUGUGACUUCUGUCAACUUAACAUGGGAGGUGAAUGACACUGCUUCCGACUCCUACACGUACAGGAUAGAGUUUACAGAAGAUAUGACUGUUAGGAAUGUGACAUCCAGUGGUCCCAAAGCAGAAGUUACCGGAUUAAUUCCUGGGACAAUGUACAACUUCACUGUAUUUGCAGUAGCGGCUGAUAAUGAGACGGAAGGAGAAGGAAGGUCCAUAGGCCUGUAUACAAAGCCCAGCCCAGUUCUUGAUCUCAAGGCAGAAUAUGUUGGUGUGACUUCUGUCAACUUAACAUGGGAGGUGAAUGACACUGCUUCCAACUCCUACACAUACAGGAUAGAGUUUACAGAAGACAUGACUGUUAGGAACGUGACAUCCACUGACCGCAAAGCAGAAAUUACUGAUUUAAUUCCUGGGACAAUGUACAAUUUCACAGUAUUUGCCAUAGCGGCUAAUAAUGAGACAGAAGGAGAAGGAAGGUCCAUACCCAUCUACACAAAACCCAGCCCAGUUCUUGAUCUCAAGGCAGAAUAUGUUGGUGUGACUUCUGUCAACUUAACAUGGGAGGUGAAUGACACUGCUUCUGACUCCUACACGUACAGGAUAGAGUUUACAGAAGAUAUGACUGUUAGGAACGUGACAUCCAGUGGCCGCAAAGCAGAAAUUACUGAUUUAAUUCCUGGGACAAUGUACAGCUUCACUGUAUUUGCAGUAGCAGCUGAUAAUGAGACAGAAGGAGAAGGAAGGUCCAUAGGCCUGUAUACAAAACCUGCCUCAGUGAAUUCAUUUUGGUGUGAACCAGUGCCCAAGCAGCCUUUCCUAAUGCUGAAAUGGAAAUGUCCUUCUGGUAACAGCUCUGGCUUCAGAAUUAUAAUAUCUAAUAUAAGUAAUUCAGGGAAAAAUGAAGAAGAUGCUCCACCCUGCAUGGAAGAAGGCUCAGAGGAAACCUUCAAAACAAAAUCUUUAGAUUAUUUCACCACCUAUAAUGUUACUAUCAUAACUGUUUCAAAUGGUUCUGAAAGCUCUCCAGUGUACGGGGUGUGUCACACAAGCAUUACUGACCCACCUCAUCCAAGUGAAGCUCCUUCAGUCAAGGUAGUCAGUCACAGCUCAUUGUCUGUUGAAUUCUCUGAUUUUGAUUCAUUGUAUGGUCCAUUAAAAGCCUACGCAGUAAUGAUCACAACAGAACAAGGUUAUGAGUCUUUGAAGUCUAAAUUGAACAACACAUACAAAGAUUUCAAGAAGAAGAAGACAACUACCUAUGUUACGUAUGUCAUAGAAACAGAGCAGGCAGAAUCACCUUCUUUCCAUUCUCAGAGUGGUAAAAACAUCGUUAAUGUAGGCAAGGGAAAUACAAUGUAUGGCUAUGAAAACGGACCAUUGAUUCCACUUCUUUCAUACAGGGCAUGUGUUGCAGGUUUCACUAAUAUAACCUUUAUGGCCAACGUGAUUGAGGGGGAAGAGAGUUAUGUAUCAUUUUCACCCUGUUCUGAACCGGUUUUACUACCCCAGGAUCCAGGCAUUAUUGCUGGAGUGGUUAUUGGAUGUCUUUUGGCCAUAUUUGCUGUAGUCGCUGUAGGGGGUUUCAUAUUCUGGAGAAGGAGAAGGAAAGAUAAAAGAAAUACUGAAGUGUCCUUUUCUCCAAUUAAGGUCAAGAAAUCAAAAAUGAUUAAAGUGGAGAACUUUGAGUCCUACUUUAAGAAGCAGCAAGCAGACUCCAACUGUGGUUUUGCAGAAGAGUAUGAGGAACUCAAGUCUGCUGGUGUUCAUCAGCCCAAAUUUGCUGCUGAACUACCUGAGAACAGGGGAAAAAAUAGAUACAACAAUGUCUUACCAUAUGAUAUUUCUCGUGUUAAACUUUCAAAUGAAAGCUCUGGAACUGGUGAUUAUAUUAAUGCAAACUAUAUACCUGGCUAUAGCUCAAAGAAGGCAUUUAUUGCUGCACAAGGUCCUUUACCCAAUACUAUAGACGACUUCUGGCAAAUGAUUUGGGAAAAGAAUAUCUACUCUAUUGUUAUGUUGACAAAAUGUAUGGAACAGGCUCGGACAAAAUGUGAGCAGUACUGGCCAGACAAGCAAUCCAAGACCUACGGUGACAUUAUAGUGACAAUGGUCUCAGAAAUUGUCCUUCCAGAAUGGACAAUAAGGGACUUCACUGUAGAAAAGUCCAACACAGCAGAGAGCCACACGGUGCGGCAGUUCCAUUUCACCUCCUGGCCGGAUCACGGAGUGCCAGAGACAACAGACCUUCUCAUCGACUUCAGACACCUUGUUCAUCAGUACAACAGUCAAAAUCCAGUUGACUCUCCUACUCUGGUGCACUGCAGUGCUGGUGUCGGGAGGACGGGGACGUUCAUCGCCAUUGACCGCCUGAUUCAGCAGAUGGAGAUGGAGAACACUGUGGAUGUGUACGGAGUGGUGUACGACCUCCGCAUGCACCGGCCUUUAAUGGUGCAAACUGAGGACCAGUACGUCUUCCUAAACCAGUGUGUUAUGGAUAUUAUUAGAUCCCAGAGGGAGAAGAAAACUGAUCUUAUUUACCAAAACAUGACAGCAAUGGCAAUCUAUGAAAAUUUCACACCUGGGCCAGGCUUUGGGAAGGCCAAUGGCUACCACGCAUAGUCCAGCAGGAAGGCAGUUUCUCCAGGAGAUGUUACCUGCCCAUAGGAAAGGGAGGUGUUCUACUCAUGUUUUCUGGGAUUGUGUGCAGUGUCUCAUGUCUGGCUUCUGCAGUUCUGUCUGCAUUCAAAGAAGUGAUCUACAGGAGGAAAAACACAGUGCUGGCGGGAGCCGCAGGUUGAUGUUAAAAAGAAAAAACAACGCAACACAAACAAAACUAUUUGAAGUUAACAGAGGAAUCUUCCUUUUUUUUUCUUGGGAAUUUAACAGUACUGAUAGGUGAAAUAGCAUUUGCAGUAUGAACAGUGAACUAGAAUUUAAAUAUUAAAAUAAUAACACAAGCUUUUUAUUACAGUUUUAUAUGAUUUCAUUUACAGACACCAGGCUUGUGAGCUGUUUUAAUAUAUUUAAUUAUAAGUUUCAGGAACAUAUUUUAUCUACUGUAUCUGGUUACUUAGUUAAUAGAUUUGUGCCUCUGUGAUCUAUUUUUUCUGUGUUCCUUUUUAUUUAAAACAAGGAGUACAAACGGCUCCUUCAAAUGGACAUUUAUACUUGGAAAUUGUGCCUUUUCUAGUUGCUACUCUAGAAAAAAAGAAAACAACAGAGAUUCUAUUUUUGUAUGAAACUCUUAAUGAGAACACAGAUUUUUAAAUAAGGCUUAUGUCAAACUUAACUGUAGUUGCACUGUUGGCAGGACUCUCCAGAAGCUUGGAGGUGAGCUUUGUUUUUGCAUUUCACCACAAAUAUACCCUGCCUUAAUGUUUUGGUGCCUCUGCCAGAGGAAAAGGAGUGUGGUCUGUCACUCCGAGCUUUAACUGUAGAAAAAAAACAGAGAAAGUGAAUCUGUGAAUGUGUGUGCAAGGGGGUGCGUGUGGGUGUGUAUGAAGGACAGAAUAGCUCCUCCCUGUUCCUGGCUGAUAUUUCUGUUUUUAUACAAUUUAUAAUGAUUUAUUUAAAGGUGCAAUAUAUGAUUUACUGAAUAAUGCUCACUCUAUUCUAAUAGAGUUUUUCUCAGGUUGGUGUCUUUUUAUCAUUGUUGUUGUUUUUCCUCAAAUAUGUAAAUCUGUGAAAAUGUUGAAACUAAGGUUCCAAGUGUUCACGCACUCCCAAAUGAUUGACUGGCUUUACUGUUUCUACCAAAACACAUUGUACAAAAUUCUGCUGUAAAGACAAAUUUCUCAGUUGUCUUAGCCAUUCAAAACUGAGACAUGUCUUACCUGCCUGCAUCUCAUUGAUCCAGUGUAAUUGUUUGAUAAUUACUUGCAAUGUACUGCUGCUGUUGUUUUAACUGGUCCUUUUAGAAACAGAGCAAGCACGCAGAAAUCCUCCAGUUGUUGGUUUCACAAGUCGAGGAUCAGAUUGGAUUUAUUUUGCUGGUACAUAACUGUUAGACUUAGGAAGGCAUUACCAAUGAAGGACUUAAGUAGCUUGGGGUGGGGGGAGGGUGUGUUUUUUGGUCUUUGGAUCAUUGCACUGGUUGUAUUGCAGAUGAAUAUGAAGUUCAUGAAUAAUGCUAUAGAAUAGCUAUAAAGCGGUGAAAAAUCUUAUGAAGGUUUAAUAACCAGAGUCCCUGGAAUUCUGCUGCUUUUUUGUUGUUUUGGAGUUUUUUUUCUUUGUUUUAGUAGACUUGUCAGAAAAAGCUGCAGAUGCUAAGAGUGUAUGUGGCUUUACAGUGGAACCUGACAACCUCACAGGAUCCAAUGUCAGCUGAAGGAAAAUGUAGGAGUUGGAAUUCCUGGUGCACAACUGUAACUUUAUGAAUAUCCUGAGGAAUUCUUUACAACCUGGUGUGAAACUGUGGUGUGCUGUGUGAGCAAAACUGGAGAACAGGCCACAGUGCAGUUCAGCUUUUGGUUGGUUGUUUUUGGAGUUUUGUUUAUUUUGGUUAAAUUUGUUAUAUAUAUAUAUUUUUUUUUUUAGCAGCCACUUGAAUAUGUUUUUUCUCUCUUUCUCUGAAAUACUUUAAAAAAAAAAAGCCAACAAAACAAAAAAACUACCAUGAGGUUAAUGAUCCUGCCAGCUCCAUCAAAACUGGCUGUCCACAAAGUGGGCCCAUAUUCUUCCUAAGCUGCUGUCAGUUGACAAACAAAGAUAAACCACUUGGACCAAACAGAACCAUUCCAAAGGAACUGGGAGGGAGGAAAGUCUGCCCCUUACAGUCAUGCUUUUUUUUUUUUUUUUUAAGUCUCUUACUCUUUUAGUUACAGCACAUCUGUGCAGAGCACAGAGCCAGUAUUCAUUAUUUCAGGUCUCCCAAGAACUUGCUGCCUUAGGGUGGCAAAUGCUGUCUUGCUCCUGAAGGCCCUUGUUUGGUAUAGCACAGAGGAGAGGGAGAUGAGUCUUCCAUGCUAGAUGAUGUUGAUUUCAUAAUAUUGCAGCAGAACAUCAGAAAACUAGCUAGAACAGUAACUGGUUUUGCUUGACGACUGCCCCGAUCCUCUUACAGAAAACAGUCGGAUCUGUCCCGUUAUUUUGGUGUUGGAAGCAGACAUCAGAUUCUCACUUGUGGCAUCAUCUGAUGAGUAUCCAUUUUAAAUAAAACUGUAUGCAUGUGUUUUCCCCAAACUGACUCAUUGUGAGAAGAGACUGAAGUUUGAAGUAAAUGAACUGUUGAUCCCAUGUUGAUAGGUGGAAAAAGUUGGUAAGGCUUAAAAUGUUGUAAAGAUAAAGUCGGGCAUAGUGUCGAUGUGAAUAAGUAGGAUCUGCCUUAUAGGACAUCUCUGCAGGAAGAGGAAGAGCACAGGCAAUACUCCACUACCUUGUGGAUCUGUCUUGGUCAAGAUGACUUGAAUUCCUGAAAUUAUUUUCUCCCUGCCCUCUGAUGUUCUUUGUGUUAUAAUUGCUGAGAUCUCUCUCUUUGGUCAAUGUCUUCUGUUGCUGUUGCUUAUCUAAAGCUGUCCAUUGAAAGCUCCACUGUGUGACAAUUACAUCUCCUGCAUUUCUGUUCUAUUUUUUUUUUUCCCAUUUGGGGCCUGCUUAAGAAGGGAAAAGUUGAUGUGUUUCAAAUAAGUGACUGUUGAAUAUCAUGAAAUGAUGUACAAAUUUUGUUGUUUUCAUACUUGUUGUACAGGAAAUUUCCGCACAUUAUAAUGUUUUUAAUGGUUUGAUUUGUUUCUAAAGAUAUAAAAUAACAAUUAAAAAGCAUCAUCCUAGAGCA